AUGUCAGCCGUGGCCAACACGACCCCCAGCCGAGCACUCGCGCUGCUCCAGCUGCUGCUGCUUGCGGCGGUCACCUGGGCGCGGGUCGUGCCAAACAACGUACCCAUUUGCAAACGCAGUGACCCGCAGUACGAUGCCUGCGUCGUCAAGUCUGUGGAAGCCAUUACGCCUCACCUAGUCAAAGGAAUUCCUAAGAUGCGCGUACCACCGUGUGAGCCGCUGGUUAUUCCUGCCCUGGCUAUCGACAGAAACUUGGAAGCCCUCAAGGUCAGAGCUGACUUGAAGAACAUACGUAUCUAUGGCGGAACCACCUUCGUUAUUAACAAGCUCAAGACAGAUCUGCAGGGUCUAAGUCUGGAUCUGUCAGUGUCCUUCCCACACAUCUACAUGGUAUCUGACUACGACAUCGAUGGCCGCAUUCUGGUUGUUCCACUUAAGGGUCGCGGAGAGUUCCGAGGGAAUUUCACGGAUGUAAAAGGUGACAUCCAAGGAAAAGGAAUGUUGGUGAACAUAUCAGGAAAGCAAUAUCUGCAAGUGCAGAAAUUAACUGCCAGUGCAGAUGUGAAGGAUGCUGUUCCUCAGAUAAUCAACAAGGAUAAGAGCACAGAAGCUAUCACAAAUACUGCCAGCAACUUUAUCAACGAGAACAAGAGACAAGUGUUUCAGAUUAUUAAACCCUUGGUUGAUGACACUUUGGCUGCUGUGCUGACAGAAUUUGCAAACAGCAUACUGAGAACAAUGACAAUAGAUGAGAUUCUACCAGAUUAAAGGAGAAAAAAAAUACUUAUUUCAUCACAUCAACUUAAUGAAUGUAAAUGUUAUACUUCAUUUGAUUUCAUGUACAAAGCUACAUGCGUGUGAAAAGUUUUUAAAACAUUAUAUUAAUGGUGCUUCAAAAACCUAUAGAAGGUACAUUAUUAUCUUUAAAAAUGUCAUAUGUAUAUUCAUGUACCUUACAGUUAGCUGCCCAUAUAAAUCAUUAAAUAAAAAAGCUCAGAGUGUCUUACGUAACAAUUUUUUAGUUUAAAAAUAUUGAUGAACUGCAGUGUGUGUGUGUGUGUGUGUGUGUGUGUAUUUUCUCCAAUCUCUUCUCCUAAACCACUGGGCCUGUUUCAACCAAACUUGGUUCACACACCCCUUACUGGGAUAAAAACCACCUACCUAACAUACUGUAGUUCAGGAGACACGUCAUAAACAAUGAGAUGCUUGAAAAAUUG